AUGAAAGUCAUCUUUGCCUUGACAAUCUUCGCUUUCGUUUCGGCCGAGCACUUUGAAAAGAUCCGAAUGGCUCGAUUCGAGAAGCUGGUUGGCUCCGAGGUCGAUUUGGCCGGUCCUAUUGCGGUUGCAUCCAAGGCCGACUGCGUUGGUCUCUGCCGAUCUGCUUCGAUUUUCAUUAGCCCGACAAGACAGUACGAUGCCCAGUGCGAUUUGCCCGAUGUUUACCGCAAUGGACAAUGCUUUCUUUCUGGAAUUCCGUCUUUGCAAAAAUUCAACCUCGACAAAACCGGCUCUCGCGCAUUGUCUUGCACGUACCUCUGCGCUUUCAUGUCCGACUGCAUGUUGGUGCAGACGGAGACGCGAUAUACAAGCAGACGAACCUACAAGACCUGCUCGUUUUUCAAUGGAUACGUCCAAGUGGAGAAAACACGGCUCUCCGUCCAAGUUGAGAUGAAAAAAGACAUCUUUGAUGAAUAUUCACGCAUGUAA